GAAUGUGUGUGGAUUAGAAUAAGAAAGUUUCCACCUUCUCCUUCCUUCCUUCCUCCUUUGCUGCGUUCUUCCACCUCAAGACCGACCGACAGUUCAUCACUCUCGGUGAUGAAGCUCUCCCUCUCCACUUCCCUCCCUUCCUUCUCCUUCUUCCUCUUCUUGUUCCUGCUCGUUCUCAGUGUCUCAUCUGAACCUUUGCGUCGAAAGGAUGAAGAGCGUGCUAGCACCCCGCCAAGAGGUUGGAACUCUUAUGAUUCCUUUGGCUGGGCCGUCUCCGAGGAAGAGUUUCUGCAAAAUGCGGAGAUCCUUUCCCAGAAGCUACAUGCUCAGGGAUAUGAGUAUGUAGUUGUCGACUACCUUUGGUACCGAAGAAAAGUGCCGGGCGCCUACGUUGAUUCUCUGGGAUUCGAUGUGAUUGAUGAAUGGGGAAGGAUGAUCCCUGACCCAAUUCGAUGGCCUUCGUCUAGAGGUGGGAAAGGGUUCACCGAAGUCGCAAAUAAAGUCCAUAGCAUGGGUCUAAAGUUCGGGAUACACAUCAUGAGAGGAAUAAGCACGCAAGCUGUCAAUGCCAAGACUCCUAUCUUGGAUACGACCACGGGAAGUGCAUAUCAAGAGUCCGGUCGGGUUUGGCAUGCACAAGAUAUAGGGAUGAAGGAAAAGGCUUGUGCUUGGAUGCGACAUGGAUUCAUGAGCGUAAAUACUGACUUAGGAGCUGGAAAAGCCUUCUUGAGGUCGCUUUAUCAGCAAUAUGCAUCAUGGGGCGUUGAUUUCAUAAAAAAUGACUGUGUAUUUGGCGAUGAUCUGAACAUAAAUGAGAUCACGUACAUCUCCGAGGUUCUAAAGGAGCUUGACCGUCCCAUCCUGUAUUCUCUGUCUCCUGGAACUAGUGUUACACCAGAUAUGGCAAAGCCUGUGAGUGGAUUGAGCAACUCGUACAGAAUUACUGCGGAUGAUUGGGAUUCAUGGGGAGAUGUUGCAUCACAUUUUGAUGUUGCGAGGGACUUCUCUGCUGCUAAAAUGAUUGGCACCAGUGGCUUGUUGGGGACAUCAUGGCCUGACCUUGAUAUGCUACCACUGGGAUAUCUUACUGAUCCAGGUUCAAAUGAAGGCCCUCACAGGAGAUGUAGGCUGAACCUAAAGGAGCAAAGAACACAGAUGACUUUGUGGUCGAUGGCCAAGUCUCCACUCAUGUUUGGUGGAGAUUUGAGGAACAUUGAUGAUACAACUUUCAGUCUUAUCACCAAUCCCACUCUACUCGAGAUAAAUUCCUAUAGCUCAAACAAUGUGGAGUUCCCAUAUAUCCGUGGGUCAUCAAGUCCAAGAGGUCGAAAACACGGAAGGUAUGGAAUGUACCCAACGCGUGUGGAAGAGUCAGAGGUAGAGGUUUUCGGUCUGACUAGUUGCAAAGAUCCGAAAGCAAGCGGCUGGCUGGUCAAAGGGCUGGACCAAGAUUUGGAACGGAUUUGCUGGAAAGAGAACAUGGAGGGUAGAUAUGGAGAACCUUUUUGCCUAUACAAGAGAAAUUCUUUAGUCGAAUCAGACGAAGAAAUAAUGUAUGGGAGGCAAUAUCAGGGAGCACUUCACUUAUUAGCUUCUGAAAAUGCAAAGUACUGCUUAAAUGCUUCUCCAAGACGCAAAAUCACGUCUAGUGAGUUUACAAGAGGCUCAUUUUCGCGCUGCACGUGGAAUGCUAAUCAGAUGUGGGAGUUUCACGGUAAUGGUACGCUGAUAAGCAGCUAUUCUGGACUGUGCGCUAUAAUGAAAAAAGUCAAAGCUAAUGCUGGUGCUGCAGGAGCUCGCUCCUGGAUCGCAACUGGAAGAUCGGGAGAAAUAUAUCUGGCCUUUUUCAACCUGAAUCCAGACAACAUGGUGAUAGCCGCAGAAGUCUCCGACCUGGCCAAGGCGCUUCCCGGUCAAAGCGUCACUUCUUGUGUAGGCAAAGAAAUAUGGAGCGGCACUGACCUUGGCCGCCCGACGAAUGACACGAUAGCAACAAUGGUUGGAUCACAUGAUUCCGCCCUAUAUGUCCUCAAUUGUAAUUGAUUAGGACAAAUAGGUGCGGAUAGGUGUUGGUUUCAUUUGCAUCGUUGCGAAGAACAAAUGUUGCUGAAUCUGAGGAUUACGAAGACCUGCCCUGCUGCAAAUUUAGGGGAGCAGGUUUUGUCAAUCAUGGAUUCAAAUUAUUCAUAUUGUCAAUGAAGUCGGGCCUCCUUUGGCUCAGAA